AUGUCUACUCAUCACACAACCGUGGGUGAGUUCACAGUGUGGGAUUAUGUGGUAUUCGUGACCAUGCUGCUUGUUUCUGCAUUCAUUGGAAUCUAUCAUGCAAUUAAAGCAAGGGGCCAGCAAUCCAACAGCCAGUUUUUACUUGGAGACAGACAGCUGAGGGCAUUGCCUGUGGCGAUGUCCCUUACUGCCAGCUUUAUGUCUGCAGUGACAGUGAUUGGGACACCAGCAGAGGUUUACCGGUUUGGGGCUAUGUUCUUGAUUUUCUGCAUUAGCUAUGCCGUAGUGACCAUCGUCAGUGCUGAAUUCUUCCUGCCUGUAUUCUACAGACUCAACAUCACCAGUACUUAUGAGUAUUUAGAUAUGAGGUUCAACAAACUAGCUCGAUACACUGGGACCAUUUUCUACAUUAUUCAAACAGUGCUAUACACUGGGAUUGUCAUUUACGCUCCUGCACUAGCACUGAAUCAGGUAACUGGACUUGAUCUCUGGGGCGUUCUUGUUGCAACUGGUCUUGUCUGCACCUUUUACUGUACCCUGGGUGGUCUAAAAGCCGUGGUUUGGACUGAUGUCUUCCAGAUGGGGAUUAUGAUAUCUGGAUUUUUGGCGGUGAUAAUCCGAGGUGUAGUAAUCCAAGGAAGUUUUGAACGCAUCUGGAAUAUUUCAUAUCAUGGAGGAAGACUCAACUUCUGGGAUUUUGAUCCAAACCCAUUAAGGCGACACACCUUCUGGACGAUCGUGGUUGGUGGAAGUUUUAUGUGGACAGCUAUUUAUGGCAUCAAUCAGUCUCAGGUUCAGCGGUACAUCGCAUGUAAAAACCGGUUUGAGGCUAAGCUAUCUCUCUACCUCAAUUUGGUUGGUUUGUGGAUAACAGCAUUCUGUGCAGUGUUUACUGGGCUCACAAUGUACUCUACUUAUCAUCAAUGUGAUCCUCUGACUCAGAAGAAAAUCAGAGCACCAGACCAGUUGCUCCCAUACCUGGUGAUGGAUAUUCUGAGGGAUUAUCCUGGUGUUCCAGGACUCUUUGUUGCAGCCGCAUAUAGUGGGACUUUGAGUACGGUUUCCUCUAGCAUCAAUGCAUUGGCUGCUGUCACAGUGGAGGACGUCAUCAAACCUUUCACCAAUUUAUCGGAGCAGAAACUUGCUUGGGUCACAAAGGGGCUCAGCUUAAUGUUUGGAAUGAUCUGCAUUGGAAUGGCUGCAUUAUCCUCUCUGAUGGGAAGCGUUCUGCAGGCUGCCCUCACUAUAUUUGGGAUUGUUGGUGGUCCAUUGCUUGGCUUGUUCCUGCUUGGCAUGAUAUUCCCUUGUGCUACUCCAAUUGGUGCACUAUCUGGCCUUGCUGUCAGUUUCAUAUUGACACUGUGGAUAGGAAUCGGUGGACAAGUUUAUCAACCACUACCUGACCAAACCCGGCCACUAGUCCUCAAUACAGCAGGAUGCUUCUUUAACACUACUAACACUCCACAGCCAGUGACAGGAAGUCCCUGGACAACAAUAAACCAAACUACAGAGAUGACUUCCAGACCAGUAAUUGCAGACACUUUGUAUUCAAUCUCGUAUCUUUACUUGAGCCCAAUUGGAACUAUAACUGUAUUGGUCAUUGGUCUCAUAAUCAGUUUGCUGACAGGAGGGAAGAAGAACACAGUGGAUGUGAAGCUCUUGUUCACAUACAGGGAUAUGCUAUGCCACUCUUACCUUGCCAACAGAAGUGUUCACUCAAAGAAUACGAUUACCAAGGAUGAGCUGGAAGGACCAGCUGACACAGGAAAGGUCAACCCCACAUUCACUGAACAGGAACUCAACAAUCCUGAGAAGCAGGAUCAUAUUAUGUCUACAACAUAUUUAUAG